GGUUUCCGGUGGAGCCGUCGCGGAGCCGCUAUCGCAGAGUGGAGGGAGGCUGCGAGCUGAGCUCUCUGGACGCUCGGUACCCCGGCAGCCUCGCCCUGCGCUAAUCCUGCCCGCGCCGCCGCCCGUCCUCAGAGAACCAUGGCGUCUGGCAGUAUGGCUACCAGUGAGGAAGAGCGGAGUCUCCGGGAGUGCGAGCUCUACGUGCAGAAGCACAACAUCCAGGCCCUGCUGAAGGACUCCAUCGUGCAGCUGUGCACCGUGCGGCCUGACAGGCCCAUGGCAUUCCUUCGGGAAUACUUUGAGAGGCUGGAGAAGGAGGAGGCAAGACAGAUUCAGAGUCUGCAGAAAAGCGGCAUCCGUACUGACUCGAGGGAGGAUGAGAUCUCUCCUCCACCCCCCAAUCCAGUGGUGAAGGGCCGCCGGCGCCGCGGUGCUAUCAGUGCGGAAGUUUACACUGAGGAGGAUGCUGCGUCCUAUGUUAGAAAGGUUAUACCAAAAGAUUAUAAGACAAUGGCUGCUUUAGCCAAGGCCAUCGAAAAGAACGUGUUAUUUUCACACCUUGAUGAUAAUGAGAGAAGUGACAUUUUUGAUGCCAUGUUUCCAGUCUCCUUUAUUGCUGGAGAGACGGUUAUUCAGCAAGGUGAUGAAGGGGAUAACUUCUAUGUGAUUGAUCAAGGAGAAAUGGAUGUCUAUGUCAAUAAUGAAUGGGCAACCAGUGUUGGGGAAGGAGGGAGCUUUGGAGAGCUGGCUUUGAUUUAUGGAACACCCAGAGCAGCCACUGUCAAAGCAAAGACAAACGUGAAACUGUGGGGCAUCGACCGAGACAGUUACCGGAGAAUCCUCAUGGGAAGCACUCUGCGAAAGAGGAAGAUGUAUGAAGAAUUCCUUAGUAAAGUGUCUAUUUUAGAGUCUCUGGACAAGUGGGAGCGUCUCACAGUAGCUGAUGCACUGGAGCCUGUCCAGUUUGAAGAUGGACAGAAGAUCGUGGUGCAAGGAGAACCGGGGGAUGAGUUCUUCAUUAUUUUAGAGGGCACAGCUGCUGUGCUGCAGCGUCGGUCAGAAAACGAAGAAUUUGUUGAAGUGGGACGACUGGGGCCUUCGGAUUAUUUUGGUGAAAUUGCCCUGCUGAUGAAUCGUCCCCGGGCUGCCACUGUGGUUGCCCGUGGCCCUUUGAAGUGCGUUAAGUUGGACCGACCUCGGUUUGAACGCGUCCUUGGUCCGUGCUCAGAUAUCCUCAAGCGAAACAUCCAGCAGUACAACAGCUUCGUGUCACUGUCCGUCUGAGCUCUGCCUCCUGUGCCUCUCUCUUCUCCCCAGUCCAUGCUUCCCUCAUGCAGACUGCUUUCUCUUCCCUUCUGCAGCGCCGAGUGGCCACUGGCUUCACAGCUUCUUGUCUCUUCAUACUAAAAGUUGCUUUAUUGCACCAUUUUUCAUUGGGAGCAUUAUUGAAUGCUCAUUCACAAAUAAAUAGAGAGUUGUAUGGACUUGGCUGUCACCGCUUCUCUGUGCAGUGCUAGUGUUCAACCUGGGCAGUGAUGCCAUGCUUUUUGCUGAGGGCGGUCCCUGCACCACUGAAUUACCAUAAUGAUGUAAUAAGAGUGCAGGCGUUUUAAGUGACACAGAUUUCCAUUUCCAUAUGACACAAGUGACAUAUUUAGACUGUGGCCAUGUUUGCUGUAUUUCUUUAUAGAAUAAAUGAUUUUAACCUUUAAGGAUUAGAAGAAUGAGUAUAGAAAAAUCCUAGCACAGUAGGAAGACAUCUGCCUGUAGUUAAACUAGUGUGGGAAGUGCCCACGGUUUGCUAAUUACCAGACACAUGCAACUAGUUCAGCCCCCUCAGCCUAGUUUGGUUUGUCUGUUGUUAGUGUUUCUUCUCCAACCCUGAAAUAUUUUGGUGUGGCUGUCUGUCUGUUGCUGCCUUUUAAGUUUGAGAUCAUUUGUAGAUGGCAAGUACUGGGUCGUGACUUAACUCCACCUGUCUGAGCUCACAGAUUCUGAUAACUUUAUUUAUCCAGCUGGUGCCAAAUACUGAUGAUGAGAUGCAGAAUUGUAAGAAUUUGAGGUCUUCACUCUGGGUAGUUAACUAUGGUUAACUAGUGUGAUCUGCCCUCAGUUUUGGAUUCUAGGACGUUGGAUUUACUGAGAAUAGACAAAUAGAAGCUCCAGAGAGAAGGGAAUGGAGGCAGUGUUGCUGAAGGGGAUGGCGUUCAGGUGUCCAGAAGCAGGAAGCCGUGUGUGUGUGUGUGUGUGUGUGUGUGUGUGUGUGUGUGUGUGGUUAGUCUCUCCUGGUGUAUGUUAGCAAGGCUGGGCGGGAUGUGGCUGUUUUGUGGUCUGAAAGGCCACCCCACUGAGAGUCCUGCCUUUUCCUGUCCAACCUUGAAUUUCUCUGGUAAACUUUCUUUAUUGUUUUUUGUUUGUUUGUGUGUGUUUUUAAAGUAAACUUGUGUUCUUAACUGUAUUUCAGUAUUUUCCAGCCUUACGUGUUACAUUAUUCCAAUGAUAACCCAACAGUUUAUUUUUAUUACUGUUAUUUUUUAAACAAAAUUCACAGUUCAUUAACUAGGCACGUUUAUCUUGUGAUUUAUGUACAAUGUCGGGUUCUAUUUGGGAGUGACUGCAUUUUCCACGUGUGUGCAAGUGGUUCUGAUUAAUAAUCCCCUUCCUUCCUUACCCAGUUAACUUAAAUUGUUGGUUAUGUUAGACUUUUUUUCUUGGUAGACUGAAAAGCUUUUAGAUUGUUAUUAACGUGGGGAAAGUUUCAUUUAGAUUUUAGUGUGGGGUAGAAAGCUGCCUUGUUGCCAUAUCUAAUAAUCUAUAUUAAACGAGGGUUUUCUGUACUUACUUUGUGGUUGGCUAUCUUUUUUAUAUUUAAAAAAAUAAAGAUUAUGUUACUAGCUUAAAGCUUAAUUUGAUAUUUGUUUAAAUGCCAAAAUAUGUACGUAAGUGAAUGAUGUAGAACUCCAUAAAAUGCAUUUCAUGUGUAUAUAUCCCCUUGGUCUGUACGGAGAUACAUGCCCUGCUUUCCAAGAGUUCCACGCUAGCUUGCUAGUUACUCCCUUCUGUCGUUUUACUCUUUGACUUUUCAAGAUAAGUCUAAAUUUAAAAAUUACCACUUAAAGCUUUAUCUUUGUGCAAUUUAAAUAUCAGUCAGAAGUCGUGGUUGGCAUACUGUGUCUUUGUGGACUCUAGGCACCAUUAUCUCUGGAUGGGUGAGUGAAUUUAAGCAAUCUGCUGAGAAAGUGGAGGUGGCCAGAGGGACAGUUGCUGUUCCCUGGACACUAGUCUGAUACACUCUGUGCUCAUCUAACAGCUAAUCGCUGGUCUUUUGUUACAGACUGUCUCAAUGGUAGGCCACAGAAUAAAACAGAUGAAAUAAUUUAAA